AUGCCCGUCAAGAAGGAGGAGGGCAUGAGUGCCUUCGAGCGCAAGCGCCUGGAGAACAUUGCGGCCAACCGCGCAAUUCUCACUGACAUAUCAACGACUGCAAAGAAGAUAAUCCCCGACAAGAAGCCGCCCAAGCCGGCGCCGCGAAAGAAACGACACAGUGAACCCGUCAAGCGCGAGCCCACGCGACCUACGCGCACGAGCUCGCGCCUCGCCGGCAAGGAUGCCGACUCCGAAACCCUCAAGCGCAAGUUUGAGGUCGAGGCCGAGCAUGAAGCACAGAACGCGAAGGCGAAGAAGAUGCGCGUGAGCGGCGACCUGAACCUCGGAGACAUUGUGGUAGAGGGUAAGAGAUGGGGCAGCGGUAUUGACGGACUCAAGGGCAUCGUGCGCGGCGCCGAGCCUGGCGUGCGAACGUUCACAGAGGAGGACGUCAAAGAGACGACGGAUCAGAACCUGAAGGACUUGCGGCUACGCAUGAGCGGCUUGAAGCUAUACGAGCAUUGGGUUCCCAAUGACAUCAAGAUCACGCCGCAGCGAGUGUACGCCCUCGGCUUCCACCCGACCGAGGACAAACCGAUUGUCUUUGCGGGCGACAAAGAGGGCAAUAUGGGUGUCUUUGACGGCUCCCAGACGACGCCCGAGGUAGACGACGACGACGAGGACGCCGACAUGCCCGACCCUGUCAUUUCGGCCUUCAAGACACACGCGCGGACAAUCACGUCCUUCGUGUUCUCUCCUACCGACGCCAAUGCCGUUUAUACCUCGUCCUAUGACUCUUCAAUACGCAAAAUGGACCUCGAAAAGGGCUUGUCGUUACAGAUAUUUGCCCCGGCCGAUGAGAACGAAGACCUGCCCAUCUCGGCCCUGGAUAUGGCGGUGACUGAGCCAAAUGUACUCUACUUCUCUACGCUCGAAGGCGGCGUCGGUCGAUACGAUAUCAGGGCGCCAGACAGCCAUGAGAUAUGGCAGCUGUCUGAACAGAAAAUUGGCGGCUUCUCGCUGCAUCCGCUGCAGCCUCACCUCCUCGCGACAGCAUCUCUCGACCGUACCAUGAAGGUAUGGGACCUGAGGAAGAUUCAAGGGAAAGGCGACAUGCGACACCCCGCCCUGCUGGGCGAGCACGAGUCGCGCCUCUCCGUGUCGCACGCGUCGUGGAGCGCGGGCGGCCAUGUCGCAACAUCCUCCUACGACGAUACCGUCAAGGUAUACGACUUUUCCUCCGCAUCCGGCUGGAAACCAGGACAGGACAUCUCACCAAAGGCCAUGGAGCCAGCUCAUAUCAUCAGGCACAACAACCAGACCGGGCGCUGGGUUACGAUCCUUAAACCGCAAUGGCAGAAGCGCCCUCACGACGGCAUCCAGAAAUUCGUCAUCGCCAACAUGAACCGUUUUGUCGACGUGUUUGCAUCCGACGGCAGCCAGCUGGCGCAGCUGGAUGGCGAUAACAUCACAGCCGUGCCGGCUGUCGCGCACUUCCACCCAACGUUGGACUGGGUCGCCGGUGGCAACGGAAGUGGGAAGCUGUGUCUGUGGACAUGA